AUGCCUAUAACUGCUAAUAUAUAUUUAAUGACUAGAUAUGUAUCAAUUGGACAUCGGCUAACUGGUUGGAAUGCAGUAAAGAAUCGUGUAGAACAAUUAGAUUUAAGUUUAACAGAUGAACAAAUUAAAAAAGUUACAACUAAAAUUAAAGAAUUGGCAGAUAUUAGACCUCAAAGCAUGGAAGAUGUAGAUAAUUUAUUAAGAAGUUAUCAUCAUGUUGUAACUACUGGUGAUCAAUCCAAAGUAGAUAUUUUCUUAUCAACUACUGCUACUGUUAUUAAUUAA